AAGGAGCAAGACCUAGGACGAUUAGGAAACCUCCAAUGAGAGAAGAGAUCUUCGGAGCUAAGUUUUUUUUUCGAAGUUAUUAUAUUUCCCGUUCAUUCCCAUGAUGAUUAACUGCAUACAGAUCAUUUUCAAUCAGUUUUGCAGAAGAAGAAAAUAACUGAUCAAGAAGAGUCUGUCGUUCUAAGAUGGCACAAGAAUCAAGCUUUGAUCGUCUCUGUGUUGAUGAUUUUUACUUCUCAGCACUCAUGAGUGAGAAUAAUGAAGACGAUCAAAUUGUUCUGAGAGAUGAUCAAAUCAAUCCGAUAUCAGAUUCCAAGUACGCUGAAGAAUUGCAAUUCCAAGAGGCAAUAAUGGCCUCUCUGAUUAGUUCUCAAAAUUCGAACAAUUCUUCAUCGAACAGUCUUGUUCCUUCUUCAUCAUCGACGAUCCUACCAAUUGCGAUGGCGAAUCCGGAACCGAUGGGAGUAGCGAAAGAAGUUUGUGAAUCAUCGCAGAGCUUCUGCGAGAUUUGUGCGGAAAGGAAAGAAAGCGAUGACAUGUUCAGAAUUGACAAGUGUAGUCACUCCUUUUGUACUGAUUGCAUAAGCAAACAUGUGGUGUGCAAGAUUCAAGACAACAUAAAAACUGUGAAUUGCCCAGGUUUCGAUUGCAAGAGUGUCCUUGAACUCGAUAAUUGCAGGUCAAUGAUCCCCAAUGACGCGCUUGUUCGGUGGGAUGAGGUGAUUUGUGAGUCACUGAUUCUUGCUUCCCAGAAGUUCUACUGUCCAUUUAAGGACUGUUCAGGCUUGUUGGUUAAUGACACCGAUGAAGUGAUUAGGGAGUCGGAGUGUCCCAUAUGCCGGAGAUUGUUCUGUGCGCAGUGUUACGUGCCAUGGCAUUCAGGGAUUGAGUGUGAGGAGUAUCAGAGACUGAAUGAGGAUGAAAGAGGGAGGGAAGAUCUGUUGAUGAGAGAGCUUGCUAGAGAGAAAAACUGGAUGAGAUGUCCUUACUGCAAAUUCUAUGUGGAGAAGACUGAGGGCUGUUUACAUAUGGUUUGCAGGUGUAAAUUCCAAUUCUGCUAUGCAUGUGGGGGAAAAUGGAGUGAUACUCACAGCGGUUGCCAGGGACAAUGAUUGCCAGUGGGGUGAGUCGCAUGUUUAUGGAGAUGUUGAAUAGCUAAUAUAAUAUAGAGGGAACGUUCCUGGCCUCUUCUAGGAACAGAGGCAAUCCAGCAUACGAGACUUCCAUCAUAUAGAGUUUGGGAAGAAUCAUAUCUACGUAGUUUGCUCUGCUUGGCCAGAGAUUGAUUCGUGCUCUCGCCUGUUCUAUGGGUCUAGUAAAUUUUAUCCAGAAAGAUAAAUUUGCAUGUUAAAUGUUGAUAUUGUCAAACUGUGUUAGGCCAAGACCUGUUUGUGUUGGUCAUGAAGUGCAAAUGCACCAAUAUAUGGUUUUCUUCUACUCAAUAUUCGCCAACAUACAUCUGAAGUCAUUGGUUGAUCGAGCCAUUAAUUCAGCUAAAGAGGCCCUUUGCCAUUUUGUUCACCAACAUUGGGUUCCCUAAACCUAGCUGGUUCUUUGGCUAUGCUUGAAGACUAUGUGCUCGGCUUUACUUGUAAUUUUGUUUCUGUUAUCAAGAUGUAGACAAUGACUGAUCUAAUGAUGUUCUUGCAAGCUUUCAGAAAGGAAAAUGGAAGCC